AUGACAAUUGAUGAAAUAACAACUGAGAAUAUGAGAGAAACACAGAGGCUCUCUUUACGUGCAGUAAGUGGCUCUCGCUCGGCAUAUGCCUGCUUCCUGUUUGCUCCACUCUUUUUCCAGCACUAUGCGCCUGGAGAACCAGGGCCUAUCCCUGAUGCAGGCCCCGUCAGAUGUAAAGUGUCUAUGAAGUCUUUCCUGGCCGUGUUCCGCUCACUCUCCUUGCUGGAGAAGACUGUGGAGAAAUGUAUCAUCUUGCUGCGUCUCUGUGACAGCAGGCUCCGUGUGCAGCUGCAUUGCAAGUAUGGAGUUGUCAAGACCCAUGACUUGUCGUUCCAGGACUGUGAUUCACUGCAGGCAGUUUUUGACACAGAACAGUGCACCCAUACUCUGCAUGCUCCUCCCAGGUUAUUAGUGGAUGCUGUGGUUCACUUCCCAUUGACUUUGGCUGAGGUGACAAUGGGUGCCAGCCCUGGUGGGAAAGUGACCUUCCGCAGUUACCUGGAAGAAGAGACAGAGGCUGGCCAGAUGAUGGUGACAGAGCUGUGUUUGAGUGAGGAUGAGUUCCAGGUCUUCCACGUCAAGCAGGAGACACAAAUCACUUUCUGCCUUAAGGAAUUUCGGGGUCUUCUAAGUUUUGCAGAGUCUUCAAAUCUUUCCCGCUUAUAUACAUUCGAACCUGAUUGGCCGCUUAAGUAG